AUGGACAAUUGGUUUUAUAUGAAUCGAAUGACAUUUGAAAAUGUUCUUAAGGAUGAGCUAGGUGUAAAACUUACUGAAAAAUUAUUAUCAAUCGAUUUUGACCAUCCAGUAUCAUUUCUGAUUGGUGAAACAUCGGAUGAAAUAUUAACAAAAAUUCAACAAACAUAUAGACUUGAAGUUUGUGGUAAAAUAAUUUGCAAUGAAAAUUGUGUAUCAUGUUCAUUUGAUUCACCAACUUAUGCAAAACUAGCUUGGUUUGUUCAACGUUUACUUAUUAUGAAUCCAAUACGUAAAGCUUUUAUUAAAGAAAAAGCAUUUCCAACAUUAUUACAAGAAGAUUUUUCAUGUAUAAAAGAUAAAAAAUGUAAUAAAUCAUAUCAUGGUUCCUUGUGA